GUAAGUAAAGCUUUGCUGGAGCUGUCUGAAGAGGAGGCAUAUGGCAUAUUUCUUAGAAGAAGGCUAUUGGCUAAAGACACACUUGUUUUGUUUGGGCAUGAGUUUGCAACAAUCACUUUGGUUCUUGUGAUAUGUGUGUGAGAGAGAUUAAUUAAUAUGUUUAAACAAAUGAUUACUUAAACCUUGUUUUUAUAAUCAUUAAAUUAGAUAACUUCUUUUUAAAUAAUUUAUCUGCAGUAUAUAUAACUACGAACAAUGUGACGCACCAAUCCAUAUCUCUUCUCUAAGCUCAUCAUAAUCAUCUCCUUCUCAAGCUCAUUAUUCCCUUCUUAAAAAAAACUCCUUUAAUUUCCUUCAUCAUCUUCUUCCAUCGUAUAAUCAGCUUCUAAACCAAAUUGGUUCCAGGUCAGUAAUGAUAACACCACUACUUAUUAUCUCUUCUUAAUUUGAUUUUAUUUCUUCAUCAACUUGUAUUAUAUAUUAGUUUUUGCUUUUUCGGAUACUAAAUUUUUUGAACCAAAAUAUAAUUCAGUUCAAUUUUCAGAUUGGGUUUUGUUCAUUUUAGACUGAACAGCUCUAUUAUUAUUCCCACCAAACUUGACAUCAAUUCUUACUGUGAAAACCACAAAAGUCCAUAAGAAUGUAAAAGACUCUUUAUUAAUGAAAAGACAAGAUUGACAUGCGUCUAAGGGAAAGAACAUGAACCACCAAAUUGGUUUUCAAAGUUAUUACAAAACAAAGUUCGAAGUUCGUCAUAUCAAAUCUCCUUGAGAUCUUGAUGAAAUAAAAUCCUAAUCUCUUGGAACGUCAAACAUGGAGAAGCUUCUUAAUCCGUACGAUAAGCAGUGCAUGAAAAUGGCUAUGCUUAAACAUGAAGAAACUUUCAAGCAACAGGUAUAUGAACUUCAUAGAUUAUAUCAAGUUCAGAAGAUAUUGAUGAAGAACAUGGAGAUUAACAAAUUUACUACCAAGAAUAAUCAUGUAAACUCAGGUCUAGGAACAUUCAUCAGAAGAGUUGACCAUGAGAUUGACCGGCCGGCGAAUUUCUCCGGUGGUAAUAAUAUAGAGAUUAUGGAUGAGAGUGAGAUCGAGUUAACUCUAGGUCCGUCGUGUUACGGUGGUGAUGAAUUGAUGAGGAUGAACAAGAAGAAGAAAAAGAACUCUUUGCCGGAGAUGAUGGACGGAAAUUUAAAUUCCGGUCGCCGGAGUUUCUCUUCGUCUUCGACAGGAUCAAGUAAUAACAAUAACAACAAUCUUGAAGAACAAGUGAGGCAAGAAAGAAUGAUGAAGCAUCAGAAGCAGCCAUGGCUUCAAGCAUUGACCUUGAAUGUUAUUUGAUAAUAAAUAAUAUUAAUUUUAACUGUAUUCUGAAAUAGAUUUGCAUCUCUUUUUCCAAUUUAGUAGUUUAAUUUUUAUUUUCUGAUGAGAUUGUUUUAUCAUGCCUCUUAUCAGGUGAUUUUUUUCCUUUUUAUUUAAUGCUUAUCAGUAAUUUUCUUCUUUACUAGUUCUUUUUAGGGUUCUUGUAAAUAAAAUCAAUAUUAAUGUGUUAUUGUUUCUGAA